AUGACGGAUUAUAUUCCGUCGACGCCUGUCCCUAUCACAACUGGCAUUGCCGCUAUUGUGUGCCUAUUCCUCUGGCUCUCAGCGAGGCACAAACAAUGGCCAAGUCUGCAACUACAGACCACAAGACUAAAUAGCCCUGCCAUUCGCAGGUCAUUAACUUUCAGAAUUUCCAACAUACCGCUAGAAGUGACCAGAGACAAACUUGAAGAUGUCUUGACCAAGCUACCUAAGACAACCGGAACUAGUCAUGGUCAAUCUAAUUUGCUUCGAUUCUCAUAUUCGCCCGCUGCAGUCUCGAUGCUUGCUAAACGUUUUGCCGUAGCCACUGUUACUUUUGCAGAAGCCCCCGAUUUGGGCGAGCUAGAGAAGAUCCUCAAAAAGGCAAUGGACGAUCGUGAUAAUAGAUUGAUUGUUGACUUGGAUUUCUUUGGUCUUACGCCGUUAGCUGACCCUUUACAAAAUACCCUUGUGGACAUCAUCGCAGUGACCGGACUUGCUGGCCAUGCGUUUGGAUCUUGGAAAUCUAAAAAGAAGCCCGAUAUGUGGCUGCGAGAUUUCCUCCCCGCAUCAAUUCCAAACGUCAGGGUAUUAACAUAUGGAUAUAAUACCAAAUUACCUGGUAGUCGAUCUAAAAGUUCUAUCCUUGAACUCUCUAGGAAGCUACUUGAGUCAAUUAAGACAGCCCGGGAUGAAAAUACAAAGCAUCGACCACUUAUUCUUAUUGGACAUAGCCUUGGCGGUCUUGUCGUGAAACAUGCCCUGGUCCAAGCAUCUGAAGGCAGUGAAGACGACCUGGCUGUUUUUAGAUCUUGUUACGCCAUCCUACUGUUUGCUGUGCCGAACAGAGGUCUUGACAACUUAAGUUUGAAGUCUAUGGUCAAAGGACAGCCUAAUGAAGACUUGGUGAGAGAUCUGGGUGUUAAUUCUCCAUUUCUAAACCACCUUCAUGAAAGUUUUAACAAACGUUUUACACUCGAUUCGGAGAUCAUAUGUGUAUACGAAACUAAAACAACCCCCACAGUUGAGUGGAACUCGGAUACCAAAUCAUGGGAACGAACAGGGCCCGAAGUCAUGAUGGUUCCUCAGAAUUCGGCAAUUUAUGCCGGCCCGAAUGAGAAAUCUUACGACCAGCUUCCAAUAGAAGCAGAUCAUUCCGAAAUUGUCAAGUUCAGCGACGCAUCGAAUUCUGAUUAUAUUAUCAUUCAAUCGAGGAUAGCGAAAUGGGUUAAGAAGGCACCGGCUGUCAUCCGAGAGCGAUUUGCGAGAUUAAGAACAAAACUCUCUUUUAUGGAAGCCCAGUAUAUUGAGGCCCUUAAAGCUCCCGAUUAUGCAGCAUUCAGAAACUAUAAAAUUGAUAAUCCAACAUCUGGCACGCUUGGCUGGUUCUUGAAACUUCAGCAGCUUUCCUCUUGGUUAACAACUCAUGAAUCAUCGAUUCUUUGGGUGAACGGAUCGCCAGGUCAAGGGAAAACAAUUGUUGCAAAAUUCCUCCUGACGUACUUGGAAGAUUUGCAACAUGGUUUCGACCAUCGCACGACAGUCAUUUAUUUCUUCUUCUAUGACCAAGACGAUAGUUACCGAACUGUGAGUUCCGCUAUAAGAUCACUCAUUAAGCAGUUACUGUCAACACAAGGCGCAUUUGAUGUCAUCUCUGAUAAAUUCAAUAUCGAAACCUCUACUAUAAACGACGAAUUGGCGUGGGAUGUACUCGAAGAACUGCUUCGAUCGCCGAUAUUCGGUACCAUAUACUGCGUGAUUGACGCUCUAGAUGAGUGCCAGGAUAAUGAAGCUAGACAGAGAUUGCUGGUGUUUAUCAAUAAGGUUACUCAAAGGCCGCUGGCAAAAAGCAAAGCAAAAUAUCCAGUAUUGAAAGCUUUCUUGACAAGCCGCCCGACAACGGACUUAAGUCGAGCCCUAAGAAAACUCCCAUCUAUUCAUCUAACAGCAAGCUCUGAUGAUCUCAAGACAUUUAUCCAGAGCAGGAUUCAAGAGCUCGAUCUCGAGAAGCAGCACGAGGACGAGAUAAUCGAUUUGUUGAGCAGCCGUGUGGAGCAGACUUUCUUGUGGAUAUCAAUCGUCCUAAAGAAGUUGAAAACAACAUCGACAUUGCUGUCGCAGGCAGAUAUGGAACAGAUUAUUACCGAGAGCCCUUCUCGUUUGACAGACCUUUACGAAAGCCUUCUUGUUCAGAUUAUACAAAGCCGCGAUAUAGCGGCGCAAAAGCUCUUGAUUUGGGCCGUCUUUAGUCGACGCGCUAUGACUUUGGAUGAGCUCGAAGUAGCUCUGGCAAUUCAGGAGAAGUCAAGAAAUCAGGAAUCUAUUGAAAAACAUCGGAUAUAUCUUACAAAGAAAUCAGUUACCAGUGCUGUUGGAGUUUUUCUGGAAAUCGUUGACGACAAAGUUUAUCUCAUACAUCAGUCAGCUAAAGACUUCCUCCUCAAAAGCGAGCGGCUAGCCGAGGCUGAGUUUUGCAGAGAUUUCCAGUGGAAAGGCCAUAUGAUCACUGAGGGCGUUAUUCAGAAAGCAGCAAGGAGCGGCAUUGCAGGCUACGAAUUUUUGAAAGAUUUUACAAGAAAAGCUGACGUUCGCAUUACUACCGAAGCUUUCUGUGCGGCUGUUAAAUGUUUUGAUCAUGAGAUGAUUCGCCUACUCAUGCAUACGGGUGCCAAUAUCACCCCAGCAAUCAUAGAGGCGGCGGCAACCAACAAAAAAUAUAGCAGAUUCGUGAUAGGCUUGCUACUAGAGUCUCUAUGCAACUUUGAGAUUACUGCAAACCUGGUGAACUUGGCAGCAAACAAUCGAGAGACCGGUAAAGAUGCUAUGGAGUUAAUUUUACGCAAGGUCAACACAGACAUCUUAGAGGAGGCAAUGGUAGCAAUAGUGGCUGGAUUCGGCACUGAAACUAUGAAUCUCGUGCUGACUACCAGAGAAGAUGUCAAAAUCACAAGUGUGAUACUGUCCGCUGCGAUUAAAAAGAAACAUGGCGGGAAGGAAAUGGUAGAGUUUUUGCUGGAACAGUCAGGUCAAGACACCCCGAUUAUGGGUGAAGUCAUUGAGUUGAUUGCAAAAAAGCAUCUCAGAGACACCAUGGUGGUUCUCCUAAACCGGCGGGGAGACAACAUGGUCGUAACGGACCGAAUAUUUGAAAUAAUGACAACAUGUUUUGAUGAUGAAAUAAUGGCGCUGCUCCUUGGUCGGCAAGGAGACCGGAUUACCAUCACAGAAGGUUUUGUCAAGAUUGCAGCCUCCCAUUAUGACAAGAGAGUGAUGCAAAUACUUCUCGACAGCAAAGGCGAUCAAGUCAACGUCACAGAAGAGGUUGUGAAGAUUGCUGCCAAAAAUCGAAACACGGAUUUAAUGGCAUUACUGCUUGACCGACGAGGAGAUAACAUAAAUAUCACGGAGACUGUCGUCGAAAUUGCAGCAAACAAUCCAAACAAGGAUUUAAUGGCGUUACUACUUGACCAAAGAGGGGAGCAGAUCAACAUUACAGGAGAUGUCGUUAAAAGUGCGGCAAGAAAUUCAAGCCACGAUGUGAUGGCAUUACUUCUUGAUAGAAGGGGCCACGAGAUUACCAUUACAGAAGAUAUUAUAAAAAUUGCGGUAGGAAACCUCUUCCAGGCUAGAAAGAUCACGCAAUUACUCCUUGACAAACGGAGAGACCAGAUUGUCUAUUCGGAAGAAAUUAUCAAGGCCGCGGCGGGAAACCGCAGACAGGCUAAGGACGUAAUAUGGCUACUUCUUAAUCAGAAAGCAGAUCAGGUAGUCAUUACAGAAGAAACUCUGAAAAUUGCUGAAGGAAAUGGCACACAAGGUAAGGAAGUAUUACAACUAUUUCUUGACAAUACGAGUGGUCAGGUUAUUAUGACAAAAGACAUUAGAAAGGCUGCAGAAAGAUACUUGGAGGAUGACGGGGCGAACGCCUGGUUCUCCUUUAAAACGCGAAAAUGGCCGGAUUUUUACCCACAAACAUCCUGGCCGGUUUGGGGUGAUGCUCUUAAUCCUGAACUCGCAAGAAAAGACAGAUAG